ACUAUUUGCUGCAGUAAAGUUUAUUGAAUAAUGUUUAUAGCAAAACAGGAUAGUUUUAAGUAGCCUUAAAAUUUUGUACUUUAAAGAAUUAUUAUUUGUAGUGAAUUGUAAACUAAACAAAUGGUGUGACUAAUAUCUUUUAUUAAGAGAGAAACGGAUAUUGUAAUUGGUUGAUUACUGCACUGAAGUUGCAGUACCACAUUUUCUGUUAUCCCCCGUGUGGUAAAGUUCGACGUUAUUAGCUGCAGUGAAGUUUAUAGUUUAAUAUUUUAUUGUAAUGAUAGGUUGGUUUUAAAUAGCUUUAAAAUUUUAUGCUUUAAUUAAAGGUAUGUAAAACUUUAAGUUGAGAAUACCUUGAGGUCGAAAAAUUCCUGCUUAUAAUAUACUGAUCUAAAUAAGUUAAACUUUAACUUGAAGGAUCCCCUAAAGAUUAGGCUUAACAAUAACAUACACAACUAUUUUGAAGUAGUAGCUGAGUUAACCACAGUCGAUAGACAAAGUAGUUAAUAGGCUUAACGUUCAACUACAUCGUUAAUUACGAUUUCGAAUUUUAGCAUUACCGAGAAGAAAUAUGGUUAUAUGGGUUAACGCUGUCUUUAAAUUGUAGUAUUACCUUUACGAAAAUGUUGGGAAUGUAAUGUUUUUUGGUGUCGUAAUAGUAUUAAUACUAAUGUGAUAAAACUUUUAAAAAGUUGUGGUCAGAUAUCAUUAAUUGAAAUACAGAAAAAGGAUUUUAACAAACACAAAAAUGCAACCUUUAGAGUCAGCCUUUGAACACGUGAAUUAUCUUAUGCAACUAGCUAAACAGAGACCAAAUCAACUACUUUGCCAUCGGCCAGGAAGGUCAGAAGCCAAAUGGAAGUCUAUUCAUCAAAAGUUAAAAGAAUUGUAUUUAGAAGAAUGCAGUAAUACUCAUACUAACAAAAAUCUUGUAGGUGGCUCAUUUUUAUUGAAGAAGUUAGUGUCUCGUGAAAAGCUAAAUUGUUUGGUUGUAAAUCUGUACCCAGGAAAUGAAGGAUAUUCUCUUAUGCUGAAAACUAGAACAGGCAAUGAUAUCGAAACGAUACGUUUGCCAUAUGAAGAAAGUGAGCUUUUACAAUAUUUGGACAACGAGGAACUUCCUCCAAUUUUAGUAGAUCUACUCGAAAGGUCACAAGCUUCAGUGUUUUAUAGUGGAUGUGUCAUCGUUGAAGUACGAGACUAUCGGAGAUCUUCGAAUCCAGCAUCCUUUGAAAGCUACUAUAUUUUGCUGCAACCAACUACGCAAACCCUUGUUUGUGAUGUUGGUUUGUUAAGUAGUGAUGGACAGUACUGGAGUGCAGAGGAUAAACAGGCUUUGGAAGCACAGCUUCUUCUGGCAACUUCAGAACCUUUAUGCUUAGAUCCUUCUAUUUCAGUAACACUUAUUGCUAACAGGUACCAGUAUCAAAAGAAGUAUCUUUCGACUGUACCAUUGAAGAAAAUGUCCAAGAGGCAUACCCAGUUGACUGUUAACAGAAAACGUAAGUUUGAACAAUGUGCUGCUCCGCCAUCUUUGAAAGUACAUGACUUUAUAACAAAAAGAAAGAAAACUAGUGCUCAUUCAGCUCUAAGUUUUAAAAUUGGUACUCAAGCUUUAGAUUCAUGGAAAAAAAAAGAUGUUGUUUUAGUUCAGCCCAAGGAUAUUGAUGUAGAGAAAUAUGCAAAGGCACUGGAAAAACCAAAACAUGACUUAGAUAGUUUUCCUGUUAAAGUUGAAGAGUAUAUUAUGGAAAUUGAACAAGAACCAGGAAAGUUGUGGAACACUCAUAUCACCAUCUUCCAACGUCCAGUUGAUGAAGAAUAUUUGGGAAAACUUACCGUUAGCCAGGGAGAACACGGAGAAGGUUCGAGUUCUUUCUUUACCCUUGGAGAUAAAACGAGAGUUCUUAAGUAUUUAAACCAAUUUCGAGAAAUUACCACAAAAGAGGGCCAGAAAGCUGUCAGAAUAACUCACAAAGUUCCCGGUAUGGCUCCAGUAGCUACGUAUAUUCCGGCUGCAAAAGAAGGGAGUGCAGAAAGCUUUGCAAUUCUUAAUACUACCACAACAAACAGUUUGACUACAGGCAGUGAUGGAACUGAAAUGUCCAUUGCUAAUCUUUCAAAAAAGGCAGCAGUUAAGUUAAGCGUAUCUUCUACUCAGGCAACUAGUGCUACAAGUAAAGUAUGUGUGACAUCAUCAUCAAAAAAUGAUUCUCUACCUGUUCAGCAAGAAAAAAGUAUUUCCGCUAAAGUGGUAUCUUCCACUGGAACAUCUACGAAUUCAGACUCUGGAACUCUAAGCCAGCUUCUUUCUACAGCACCUUCUGUUUCAGCUCCAAAAGGUUUUACUAAUAAUGUUUUAACAGCUCUGUCAACAAACAUGGAAACUGACAAUACUACAAAGAAGGAAGGAGACAUUGUUCAAGGAUUGAUUGGUUCAGAAUCACAUGAAGGUCUAACUUCACCACCAGGAAACAUAGGAACAAGUGUGAACUUGGCAGGAUUAGGCUUAGCUCAGAAUCUAGGUCUGUCUAAUUUAGUAACUCUGACUGGAGUUGGCAUUCCUCAGGGUUUAUCUGUUCCAAUAUCUUUGACUGUUGUAACCACUAAUCAUACUUCAGUGACCUCUGCAGCAGGAGUUUUUGUGUCUGGGUUAGGAAAUCAAGAAACAACUGUUAACACGUCAACCAACAUUACGCCAAGUAGCAAUAGUAGUAAAAGUUCAGGAUCGAUUAAACAGAUCUCUGACGAACCCUCGUCAACUGCAAUUCCUGUAUGUUUGGGAUCUUCCACUAUGAUUGUCUCAUCUGGAAUGGUGAACCCUGCUUCAGCAGGUACCAAUAUUUUAUCAGUGCCAUUUGGUGUUGCAGGAGGUUUAAACACUCAAAAUCUCGCAGCUCAGUUAAUGGCUUCAAGCUUCAAACCUUCUCCCCAAGGACUGCGAACUUCAACCCCCGUGUCACUCUUGCAGGUUUCUAGCAGCCAGCAACCAAUCCCACUUCUACAGAGACCUCUAGGACCAGCACUGCGAGUCACACCAUCUCCAGUUGCAGCCCCACAAACUUCUACUCAACAGAAACCAUCACCUUCUCACCAAACUGCUGGAUCUAUUUCUCCAGCACCUUCAGGAACACCACCACCAAGUUUAUCUCCAGCACUAUCUGUGGCUCAGACAUUUGUAGCUCCAACAUCACAGCAACAGCAGAUACACUUGGCAUUACAGAAACAGCUUCAGCAUCAGCUAAGACAACAUACAGGACAGCUUGGAGUGCAUGCGAACUCUGCAGAAAGUGGUUCUUCCUGUUCUAAAUCAAAGAAGAAAAAAGGUUCUUCCUGAACCUCGGUUUGUGAACAGCAUAUUUUUAUAUUCGUGUAUGUACUGUACAUGGUAAUGAAAUUAAUUUGUGCUGAAUUUUUUGCAUUACUUCAAAAAGCAUAUAUGGUAUGCUAUAAUUGUUUUAGCCUAUGUUCAUUAUAAACAUAAGUGUAAUUAUUUUAAGUGCAACAAAUUCGUGUCUUUGUUACUAUUUAUUAUACUAAUUGGACUUCAAUAUUUGUGAAUAAUUUUAUCUUGUAGUAAAGAAAGAGACUUGCUAGGAAGUCUUGAUUUUUUUUUUACGUCUUGUAUGCCGUAGCAUAACUGGCGACAUGAAAGGUCUAAAAAGCAAGCCUAGUGAGAGUUGGCUGCUAAAACUUUGGAUUGCAGGGGCUUGAUCUUUAAAAAGACAUGCAUCCUCAUGCACCAGUAGAAAUUUGUUUUAUUAAAAACUGAGUCUGCAGAGUUAAAACUUGUUUUGAAGUAAGCCUGUAUAAUUUUGUACAUUCACGAGUUUGAUGAUUAUUUCACCAGGAUCCUCAUGUAUCACAUUGAUCAGUCUUCAGGGUUUGCUUAUAGAGUAAAAAGUUUUAAAUGCAUAUAAAAUAUGGAAAGGAAGCUUUUAUAAAAAGUCAGAUUUAAAUGCUUGAUUUAGCAUUGUAAUUGAAGGUGAUUGAAAAGUAAUUACUGUUACUGAACUUUAAUGGUCAUGCCACAUAAAUAUAUUAAACAGUUUUAAUCAGUGGCAAAAUGAUGCUUCUUUACAUCUGCAAAAGACUGGAGCUCUGAAUUUAAGAAAUUUUGAGUUGUCAUUCCUAUUUUUCUAGAAAGUAGAUUAACCACGAGGAAAUAUACUCUGUGGAAAGUUUAAUUAGUUAUGUCGUGUCCUUCACUCUAUGGUUAAUUAUACUGAAAAUUUAGUGAAGCUGUAGACAGUUUGUGUUGAUUUAUAUUAAAAGAUUACAUGUUUUUAAGACGUGGGUGUAAAAGUCAGACAUGCUAACCAUGGUAGGAAUUGUUCUGUCAUAACUUUUGUAGGAAAAAAAAACUCUUUUAUCAGUGUUUGUAUUAUCACAUUUAUUUUGUUGGUCAGAAUGUAAUUUAUAAUAAAACAGUCUCUUUUAGUUCAUUGUUUAUACUUUUGUAAAAUCAGAAGUUGAAUACCAUACAAUAUUUUGUCUAAAACAAUAGUUCAUGCCUACUGUCUUGGUUCUAAGUUACUCAUGUAUCAUAAGAAUUAUUUUUUACUUUAUGUUAAAAAUGUUUUUGGGUUAGAUGUUUGUGAAUAUACCUGAAUAAAAUGAUGUUACUGUCCCUAUUA